CACCUCAUCAAGCACACCAUGCCCCCCUCUUCAACCCGUGAACUCCUACACAUAUCCUACGGCUCCCCUUCCUCCCACCUGACAACCCAAUUCUUCAACACCCAACAUGCCUACUUUGACUAUUCUGCCUCCAGUAGUUCUGCGCCUCCACCUCUAAUCGACCACGACAUCUCAUGGCAGGAAGGUGUCGAGCCGGGAAGUGGGAGAGAGAGAUAUACGCCUAGAUGGUUGGGUUAUGAUACGAGAGAGGGUUUUGAGGGGUUGAGAUUGCAGGACGAUGUGGGGGAUGAUGACGAGGAGGAGGAGCAGUGGGGUGAGGGGGUAGAGUGGAGUGGUGGAGUGGAGAGGAUGCGAAUCGGCCACGAGGGUAAGGCGAGAACGACACCUUUCAGGGCUUUGAGUGUUCGAGAGGCUCAAGGUGAGGAAUUUGAUUGGGAUAGAGAGAUGCAGAGGGAGAUGGAUGAUGAUGACGAGUACGGGUAUGACGACGAAGGAGAUGAAGAGGAUCAGCCUGCCAAGACGAUUCGCAGUGCACAAGAUGGCCCAACCACCUCUACGAUCAGCUGCUCCCCGUCAGGCCAACCCGGGCCCUCUUCACGAUAUCGUCGCCGCCGUCCAUGGUCACACUACCUCCUCUUUUCCCCUCACCCACGCUCCCUCAUCCCAAUCCACGCAUCGGGCAACCUCCCUCUCAAUCGCAUGCCCCUCCACGAGGACGCCGCCUCCGCUGCUGCCGCCACCUCCUCCUCCUCAUCGGAUACGGGCGUCGAGCUCUUCUCCCACUUCGAAUCCGGUUACACCCGCUCCGCCGGUCAAGAAGCCGAGCAAGACACAUUCGACACGACGCUACGCUCGAGCAUGGAAGCCUGCGACAGACCGCAAGGGUUCAACCUCGUCCUCUCCGCCUCCGAUGCCUGGGCAGGGUUCGCGACGCAUCAGCUCGAAUUUCUUGCGGACGAGUACCCCAAGCUGGGUAGAGUGGCUUGGGCUGUUAGAUCGGGAAGAGCAGAUUGGCAACGCGGCCAUGACGAGGAGGAAGGGGAGGAGGAGGGGAUAGAUCCAAAGGCCUUGCAGCGCAGACGCGCUCGGGCUAUGAAUGAGACGUUGGCCCUUUUGCUGCUCAGCGAGAGCGUGGACCUUUAUGUUCCCCUCGCCGCGCCCGAGGGAGAGGGGGCGACGCAAACGCAGACGGAGAGGGAAGGAGCGGCCCUUCUAGCCAGCCAUUUCGAGACGGCAACGCUUGGCGCUAGGCUGAGGGACUCGCCUACCAGCCUGUCGAAAGUGGUUGACCAGCUCACAUGGAGAGGAGGGACGCCCUUGGCUUCUUUGGGAGGCGAGGUACCACAGACUUCCUCCUCCUUCUCCUCGUCUUCUGCGGCGACAACGAGUACAACGGCAGUGGACCCAAUCGACGCUCUCCUUGCCUCGCGCGGAUACACGCCCGCCGGUACGUCAAUGUCAAACAGGUCUGGAGGGGGAGGACGACGCCACCCAGAGCAGGAAGCUAUCAAUGCCCGUCGAGCUGCUCUGCGGGAAGGGGCAGAGAGGAUCGAUGCACGAUGGCGUUGUUUCUCAGAGGCUCGCCCGUACGAGUCCAAGGGGACAGCCGCAUCUACUCAGUCUUCCUCCUCUACAUCCCCGCCGUGGAGUAGCAGCACCAAGCCCUUCGCCAUGCACGCCAUCUCCCGGCUCGGCCCGUCAAAGCCUUUCCUAGGACGUGAUCGAUCGUUCGCACCCGCGCCGCCCUCACGAACGGACAUAGUGCAACAUUGGCUCCAUCCGGACGAAGAGGAACGCAACCCCUCUCCCAACACGCCGGGCCCUCAGCUCUCCGCACCCUGGGCCCGUUUGUUGAGCACCCCACUCGCCCAGCCUACUCACGCCGCAAUGCCUCGAACUCUGCGGGAAGGAUCUUCGUCUUCCUCCACUGCAGGCCCUGCCCCCCUUAGCGCACUGUAUUGCUCCCCUCGUCCUACCCUUUCCCACCUCUCGCACGCCCGAAAGACACUCCUGGCCGCAGUGCGCGGUCAUUCUUCGCUGGCGGCUUGGGGUGUUGGGGAAGGGGCGAGCGAGGGGAGAGUGGGAGGGAGGGAUGGACUAAAGGAUUUGUUGGAGCGGGUGGAGGAGCUGAGAGGCGGGUAUGAGGAUGGAGGCGCUGCUGAUGAGGAUGAGGAGGACGAGGGAGGCAAGGACACAGAUGAGGAUUGGGAGGACGGGGCGGGCGAGGAUGAGGAUGGGCUUGAUUGGAGUUGAGGCGCGCGCGGGCGUGCGUGCUCAUCGUAUGCUGUUGCAAUUGAUACCUCAACUUGUCUGACCUGCCUUCAGCUGCUGCUGCUGCUGCUGAUUCCCGUGCUGCCCUUUUCUCUUCUUCUUCCUCGGCGGUGUCGAUCCAGUCGGGGCAUCAGCCUCCAGUAGCGACCGAUCGAUCUCAUCAACAUCCCCGGCCUCCAAGCCCAAAAAGCCACGCAUCCCUUCCUCUCCCUCCCCCCACGUCCUCAUCUCACUCGGACCGCUAUACUCUGCCUUGUAAACCACACGGCGCAACGUACUGCUCGCCUUCUCCCACUCUGCAUGCUGUCGAGCAAGCUUACGUUCCGCUGACGAGCCGGACGCGGAUGAGUC